AUGACACAUAAGGAGACUCCAGCAUUUGCCCUGGCCGACGAGAAACCCAGAGAAGGAGUCCAGACUGAGAACAACGAUCAUAUUAAGUUGAAGGUGGCGGGGCAGGAUGACUCCACGGUGCACUUUAAGAUUAAGAGGCAAACGCCACUUCAGAAACUACAGAAAGCCUAUGGUGAGCCAUGGGGUUUGUCAAUGAGGCAGAUCAGGUUCCGACUUGACGGGAGGCCAAUCAAUGAGACACACACACCUGCCCAGGUGGGCACGGAGGACGAAAAUACACCAGAUGCUUCCCUGCAGCAGACAGGAGGCGUCUUCUAA